AUGUUGCGAAAUCGCCCAAACAAUGAGAAAUACUGGGUUGUCUACAUGGAUCAUUAUAAAGAAAGGGACCUAGUGAGACACGAAUUCAUCAUUCUUGAUGUCUUCGAUUGCGGCACUAAUCGUCCGCUCUUUCGCUUGCGUGCAGAACGUAGACCAUCCAGACGAAAGCCUGAUGAGCAAAAAGAGUCCGAGUCGCCUCCGUUGAGGCCAGACCACUUGGUCUCUCCUAGCGAUGACACCAUCAGUAGACUUCGGGAGAAUUUUAGGGCAGAUGAUUACGACCACCUACCCACCUGCCAGAUCUUCAAACAGGUUGAGGACCGUUCAUGGUAUUACUCCCUGUUUCGACGGCAAUGCUACUGGUUCUGCACCACAUUUCUCAAGCGGGUGGAAUCCAAGACCGGAACGACCAAGAUAGCCAGUAGACACUGUAAACGUCAAGGCACACCAGGAUACGGAUACAUCCUUGGGGGUAGGCUCAAAGUAUUGAACGAGGAUAAGGCCAAAAGGAGCAUUGAAAGGAGAAAUCUCGAACAAGAAGACCAGAAAAAGAAGCAAGAGGAUGAAGACCACGAGGCGAUGAAGACCAGGAUAAUGGAAGCCAUGCAAAGGGUGGAACAGGAGAGGCUCGCGGCAUUGGAAACAACACGCCAAGCAAUCCAGCCGCUGUUAAUAACAACCCAAGCACGACAAGAAGCGGAGGUUCUAGUUUUGAGGUCGAAGUUCUUGCAGAUUGUUGCCCAGCCAUGCCCUACUUAG